AUGAUAGGAGUUGAAGGAAACCCCCAAAUUUCACCUCGCAGUGCACUAUCCUCAUGUUUAUUUUGUUAGAGCAAAGACUACUUGCAAGAUCCCUCCCCGAAUUUCUUUCACUUAGAUCCAAAACCUCACAAAGCAAGCCAGAAAUGUUACUCUGGGCAAGCGUACUAGUGUUUAAUUAUGUCGCACUACUGAUUGUUCUAACGGAAAACCCAGCGGAGUGUUCUGUGGCAAGAUUAUUGAAACGGAUGGAUACGGCAAUCGAAUCGGGGCGUUUGAUGGAAUCAGAGCCUGCAUUGGCCCAUACUGGACAACAUUUUGAUGACGCCAAGGCGCUCCAAAGUGGCGGAUUGGAUUUAAAAAACUCGCCGCCAGUUCAUCAAGAAGCAACAUUUGAGAAAACAAUCACACCUGAAAAGGAACAAGAAUUGUUAAACAAGGCUAAGGCAAAGAGCAGGGUUCUAUCAAGAAUGUUUGGCAUAAAUGAGAAGGAAAUGGUGCCAAAACUUUACAAUGUAUUGAGGAACCAUCAUUUAGGUUUGUUAGCAGAUGAAAAAUAUCAAACAGCAGCACUCAUGGAUGUCGAGAAACUCAAAAUGAGACCCUGGAAAUAUAAGGCAUUUAAAAAAUUCAUUAACUCAGGAAAUCAUGAUAAAUUUUAUAAAGAUGUUGCAAAAGAGAGGGUAAUGAUAAAAAUUGAAGAAGCCAUUGAUUUCUUGCAUCCAGAUCACACAAAAACUGAAAUGAAAUUCUUCAAGAAGUUUCUUGCAGGAAGAAACUUGCGCUACAAGGACCCAGAACAGUUUACCAAAAGAGUUGAACAGCUUUGGGUUCAAUGGAAAGAAAGCAAACAUUCAAAGUCUUUCUCUUUCAAGGUCACAGCUUUUGGGGAGAGAGUUUUAAGACAUGUCAAGAAAAUCUACAAAAAGGUCUUUGAGAGAUACAAGAAAAAGUCGCAAUGAUCUCUUUCCUUGUUUAUAUUUUGAAAGUCUCACAUUCUCAUCAUUGAUCCUUCUCUCUCAAACUUCAUUUGUAGCAUCUUGUUUUACUUUUUAGUUUUACUUUACGGUUCACUUUUUCCUAUCACAUCUCUGAAGAAACAAAGAGUCAUUCUAAGAUCUAGCAUUUAUCCUAUUCCCACAUUGGAAAAUUCUGAUGUCAGGUUUCAGCCUGAAAAAAGUGCUCAGCA